CAGGAAGUAAGGUGAACACUUACAUCAGUAUUCUCAUACAGACAGCACUAAACGUCGGACUGUCAUUUCGUCAAAGAAGACAAUGCAACCAGAUCCAAUAUCCCAGUUUGGUCUGCGCAAAGAAGAAAAAUCCGAUUCAUAACAAUAUUUUCAUUUGUAAACUUGUAAAAGAAGGGGAAAAGGCACAUUUUUAUUCCAUGUGGAUGUUUGCAGAAGAAAUCUGAUCCUAUUCCAAAGUCUGUAUCUUGUUUUUUUCAUCUAUGGGCUGCCAGCACCAAUGAUAAUGGCAAGAAAUGCUCUUUUAAUAUUUCUGCUAUAGCUGUACCAGAGGAAUUGCUGAAAAAUUCAUCUCAGAGAUGGGGAAUUGUUGUAGGAAAAAUUGCAGCUGCUUAAGCUGUGUGCUUCCCUGUGUCUUUAAAGAAGAGAAGAGGUCAGGUUCUAAUUCUUUUAAUGGCAUUGUGAUUCAAAAUCCAGUUAUAACUACUCAACUUGAUGGUCCACAAGUCCCUCCACGUUUUGUUAACCAGGGAGAACAACAAAGAAAUUCUUAUGUGGCAUUGUACAGUUAUGAAGGACGGACACCUGAUGAGCUGAGUUUCAAGGCUGGGGACCAGAUGCUUAUCAUAGACACCACACAUGCUAGUUGGUGGAAAGCUAAACUUUUAAGGACACGAGGAAAAGCAGAGGGAUAUGUCCCAUUCAAUUAUGUUGCUCCUGUCUCCAGCAUUGAGUCCAUGCCGUGGUUUUUUAAAGACAUAAAGCGGUCAGAAGCUGAAAGACUGUUAGUGCGACCAGGCAAUACAACCGGAUCUUUUUUAAUCAGAGAAAGUGAAAGCCAAAAGGGUGAAUACUCUCUUUCUGUGUUUGAUGGAAUCGCCGUGAAACAUUAUAGGCUAAGAAAACUUGAUGAUGGCGGGUUUUACAUAACUUCAAAGAGUAAAUUUGUAUCUAUGAAUGAGCUUGUUGAAUAUUACGGUAAAAGAGAGGAAGGACUGUGCUGCAAACUCCUAAAGCCAUGCAUAACGACAGGAAUACCUCUUCCUCCAGACCUGUGCUACCACACUGCAGAUCACUGGGAGAUUAACAGAAACUCUCUGAAGUUUUUGAAAAAACUUGGCCAAGGGCAAUUUGGUGAAGUAUGGGAAGGAUUAUGGAACAAUACUAUACCAGUGGCUAUUAAGACUUUAAAAACAGGAACCAUGAAUCCACAGGAUUUCUUACGGGAGGCGCAGUUCAUGAAGAACCUUAGACAUCCAAAACUUAUCCAACUCCAAGCAGUUUGUACUUUGGAAGAGCCAGUAUAUAUUAUAACUGAACUCAUGAGACAUGGAAGUCUGCUUUCUUAUCUCCAAAAUGAUAACGGAACAUCAAUCCAUAUUCCUAACCAGGUGGACAUGGCUGCGCAGGUGGCCUCAGGAAUGGCUUACCUGGAAACACAAAGCUUCAUUCAUAGAGAUCUGGCAGCCAGAAAUGUACUUGUCGGUGAAAAUGGUGUUUACAAAGUGGCAGAUUUUGGCUUAGCCAGAGUUUUCAAGGGUGAGGAUGUUUAUGAGGCAAAAAAUGAUACAAAGCUUCCUCUGAAGUGGACAGCACCAGAAGCUAUCAGAUACAACAGAUUCACCAUUAAGUCUGACGUCUGGGCCUUUGGCAUCCUUAUAUUUGAAAUAGUGACGUACGGGAAGAUGCCAUAUCCUGGUUUGACAGGAAGACAAGCGUUAGAUAAGUUGGAGAAUGGUUAUAGAAUCCCAAAACCAUUCAACUGCCCCCAUGACCUGUAUAAAAUCAUGCUCGAAUGCUGGAAUGCAAAGCCAGAAGAGAGACCAACAUUUGAAACAUUACAGUGGAAGCUGGAAGAUUAUUUUGAAACAGAUCCUUCGUCAUAUCUUGAAGCAAAUAACUUCGAGCGAUAAGCUCCAGAGAGAAACAGGACCUUGGAGACAAGGACAGCAUCAAAAUAAUAUGACUUAUUAGCCCAUGAUAAGGAAAUUCUGUCCCUCAUAAUAGUAGGAAAGGAAAGGACAGUCAAAACAAAUAUCAUUUCAAUGUGCUAUUGAACUAGUACACAGCUGCAAGCAUCAAUUACAUUAGGUUUUUUUUAAUCAAUUUUUGUAACUAGCUCUUGGUUUGAGGAGCUGCUCCAACAUCUUACAGAACUACAAUAUCUGCAUUGGUGCACGUUUGGGAGCUUCAGUGUCUACCCUUGGUGCACUUUAGGAGCUACAAUAUCUGCUCUUUGGAGCAGAUGUAAGCAUGAAUAAAGUCAUCUUCUGUAAGAAUUUUUCCCAGUGAUAGUGGGGAAAUAUGAAAUGCCUGUUAAAGACAGAAAUAUAAGCACUCCACAGCCCACGUGUGCUGUCUACAAAAGGUUUCAACAAACAUUAAACCGGCAGCCUGGGUUAACUUCCAAAUGAAACAUUUUCUAGGAACUAUAAAAAAGUACUGAAAUAUUA